AUGAGCACACUAAAGUGUCUAAAAUUCAUGUUCGUAUUUCUUCAUUUGCUUGGAUUAGUCAUCAUUCUUGUCGCAGUCGCCUUGCCAAAGUGGUUUACAACCAGCCCGGGCUCUUACAGUUCAUUGUUCGCACUGUAUUGCGAUGGAGACUGCGAGUGCGUCAAGGUAAAUUGACCAACAAUACAUCGACAGUUUUUGUCAUUGAAAAGUUUCAAAAUCUUUGAACAACUUCGUUCAGCACAAGACAAUGAACAUUUAUUUCAUUUUCCAGGAAUUCUCCCACUCUAAUAAUCGCUGGAUCGGUACGUUUGCCGUUUUCGUUGGAAUUGCUGGGAUCAUUUUGUCGACGAUUGCGCUGCCUUUUUCGGUUCGUCGCAACAGCCCUGAGGGCUUCAUUAAUAUUGGAAUUGUGAAUAUUUUUGGCUCGUUGAUUGGAGCCAGUGGACUGGGAGUUUUGACAUAUUUUUUUUGGAAUUGUAAGCCUGCAGAGUGGUUAAAUAUUGCUAAAUAUUUAGUUUAUAAAACUGUAAUUCUUUUUUCCGAUGUUUGAGAUUUACAUAAAUUCGUCUCGAAAUAAGUAUUGGCCCCUAUUUUUAGCCGACUGCAAAAUCAUUCGAGAAAUUGGUCUCCCAAUUCCUUUGUUCACUGUCGGAUUGAUUAUCGUAUUAUUCACCGGUGUGUUCAGCAUUGUCAUCGCUAAGUUCACACGCACAAAACAAGAGGAAUCAGAAGACUCGGCAACUCGAGAACAAGCCCCAUUCACUGAUCUGUUUGGAGAACGGAGCUUCAAGAACAACACCUCCAGCUUUUUGUCAUUUGGAAGUCGAGAGGACUAA